GGGGAAUGCAGGCAGCAGAGGGCUGGUUUGCUGCGCUGUGUCUGCAGCAACCUCGACCUGGCGGUUGCAAGUGCGGGAGAGAAGGCAAGGUUUCGAAGCCAGGACAUGAAGGUCGCUAGAACCCAGGGAUGGCCAAGUUCCUGACACUCGGGCAGAAGCUACAGCUGCAGGGCCCAGGGCUGGGGCUCAGUGAUGGUGCUAUCUGAGCACCUGUUGCAAACGGGGCAGGAGGAACUGUAACCCCAGGAGAGAACAGGCCGGUGCCGGCAUGCGGGGAUGACACCUCCGGAGGCUCCGGCCUCCUUCCGGCUUGGGUGCUAGGAGCCAUCCCCGGGCUCCAGCUGGGAGCCCUGCUGCCCAGGGGCAUGGCCAAACCUUUCUUCCGACUCCAGAAGUUUCUCCGCCGGACGCAGUUCCUACUCUUCUUCCUCACGGCCGCCUACCUGAUGACCGGCAGCCUGCUGCUGCUGCAGCGGGCCCGCGUGGGCCUCCCGCCUGGCCCCCGGGCCCCUGGCCCGCUGCAGGCCCUGCCUGUGGCUGCCGUGGCACUGGGCGUGGGCCUACUGGACAGCCGAGCCAUGCACGACGGCCGGGUCAGCCCGGAGCUGCUGCUCGGCGUGGAUGUGCUGCAGGGCCCCCUGGCCCGGCCCCGGCCCGGCCCCCGCUGGCUCCGCAGCCGCAACUCAGAGCUGCGCCAGCUGCGGCGUCGCUGGUUCCACCACUUCGUGGGGGAUUCCCCGGGGCCUCCCGCGCUGAGCCCCGAGGCCCCCCAGCCAGCCACCAGCAGCCGAGGCACCUAUGUGGGAUGCUUCAGUGAUGACGGCCAGGAGCGGACUCUGAAGGGGGCUGUGUUUUUUGACUUGAGAAAGAUGACCGUCUCCCACUGCCAGGACGCAUGUGCUGAGCGGUCCUACAUCUAUGCUGGCUUGGAGGCCGGGGCCGAGUGCUACUGUGGGAACCGACUCCCAGCGAUGAGCGUUGGGCCGGAGGAGUGUAACCACGAGUGCAAAGGGGAGAAGAGCUCCGUGUGUGGAGGUGUGGGCCGGCUCUCCGUGUACCGCGUGGAGGAGCUGCAGCCUGGCUCCAGGAAGCGGAGGACUGUCACGUACCGGGGCUGUUUCCGAUUGCCAGAGAACAUCACGCAUGCCUUCCCCGACUCCCUGGUACAGGCCAAUGUGACCGUGGAGACGUGCUCCGGAUUCUGCUCCCAGAAAGAGUUCCCCUUGGCCAUCCUCCGGGGAUGGGAGUGCUACUGUGCUUACUCCACCCCCCAGUUCAACCUGCGGGAUGCCGUGGACAGCUCACUGUGUGGCCAGGAGUCUGAGGCCCAGAGGCUGGCGGAGUACUGCGAGGUCUACCAGACCCCUGUGCAGGACACUCGAUGCACAGACCGGAGGUUCCUGCCCACCAAAUCCAAGGUGUUUGUGGCUCUGUCGAGCUUCCCUGGAGCAGGGAACACAUGGGCGCGGCACCUCAUCGAGCAUGCCACCGGCUUCUACACAGGGAGCUACUACUUCGACGGAACUCUCUACAACAAAGGGUUCAAGGGCGAGAAGGACCACUGGCGCAGCCGGCGUACCAUCUGCGUGAAGACCCACGAGAGCGGCAGGAGGGAGAUUGAGAUGUUCGACUCGGCUAUCCUGCUCAUCCGAAACCCGUACAGGUCCCUGGUGGCUGAGUUCAACAGGAAAUGUGCCGGGCACCUGGGCUACGCAGCUGACCGCAACUGGAAGAGCAAAGAGUGGCCAGACUUUGUCAACAGCUACGCAUCGUGGUGGUCCUCACACGUGCUAGACUGGCUUAAAUAUGGCAAGCGACUACUGGUGGUUCACUACGAGGAGCUGAGGCGCAGCCUGGUGCCCACGCUGCGGGAGAUGGUGGCCUUCCUCAACGUGUCCGUGAGUGAGGAGCGCCUGCUGUGCGUGGAGAACAACAAGGAGGGCAGCUUCCGGCGGCGCGGCCGGCGCCCGCACGACCCCGAGCCCUUCACCCCCGAGAUGAAGGACUUGAUUAACGGCUACAUCCGGACGGUGGAUCAGGCCCUGCGCGACCACAACUGGGCCGGGUUGCCCCAGGAGUACGUGCCCAGAUGAUAGGCUCCAGGCCUGCUCUGCCCGCCCCACCGGGAGCCGGCCGCCUCCACGGGGCUGAGCACGUGCUUGCUGGGACGCUCGCCUGCCGCUGCCUCCCUGGGAUGCUCAGGGGAGGGGCCUGUGCCACCUGCACGGAGGCCCGCCCUGGGGCUGCGUCCCUGCCGCACAGGGACACCUGGGCCGGACACCUGGGCCUGACUCCCGGUCAGCAGACCCGAUGUCACAGGACAGAUGCAAAGAGACACACACUCCUUGCCAGACCCACUUAGACCUGCCACGCUCUGCUCACGGUGUCCCGUUAAUGCGCCUAAGCCACCACCCUGGGCGUGCCUGACAUUCUCAGACUUGCAAACACAAACGUCAGUGCAGGCACACAGACACCAGGUUAUGUGUUCCCAGGGGCUGCCUGUCUGUCUCUCUGACACACUGACACACAUAUGCACCCGGAGUUCUCAGGGACCCGGGGUUUCCUGUUGCCAGCCCAGUGCAGGCUUGCUGCUCAGGGGCUUUGACUGCGGGAUGCUGGGCUGGGUGGGCUUAGUGCCCCGAGGAGCCAGGACCCUGGCCUGGAGACGGGCUCACAGUCUGUGGCCGCUGGGCCAGGCAGCCCUGAGCGCACGUCUGUAUCCCCCAGCGUGUGUGGUGUUGUGACCGGCUCUGUGGUCCAGCCUCUCCCCUCUCCUUGGAUGGGCUGCUGGCGAUACGGGCAGAGCAGAGCUGCCCGCAGACACCCCCACCUCAGGAGUACACCCCCCCCUGCCCCAUCCAAUAUCAGCACUCCUUGAAUUGGCGCCUCCUUGUUUGGCUU